AAGUCAAAACUUCUAACCCUAAAAGCUAUUGCCCAAGUCCCAAUUAAUAAUAUUAUUAUAAAUGUUAUAAUAAUAUUACUUAUACCUAGUUAAAUUUAUUUUCAAAUAUUGUGAACCUACAUACACAAGUUGCUUUAGCAAACAUUUGAAUUAUUUUUCCUCAUAGAGUUGAGUUUUCGAAGUUUUAGCAGUCAUGACUCAAGUGAUUAUUUUUUUUCAAUUUAAUGAGUAGAUGUGGAAUCAUGGAAUGUAUACAUAUCUUGCAUAUCAUCUGUUUGUAAACAAUAUUACUUCAUAUCUUUAGUAUUGAUUGUAAAUGGAAUUGAGAAAAAAAUUAUAAAUUUAAUACAAUAAUUAUGUAUAUCACAAGGGAUUUGGAUUAUACAACAAAGAAGAUAUUCAUAUAGGUGCAAAUGAUGUCGGCGGUGAGCGGCGAAGGGAUCCUGCGUCGCGUGAAGCAGGAGGCAGAGCCACCGCCGCAGUACUCUCCGGAGCAGCAGCAGACCAGGCCGCUGCAGAUGAUACAGGCCUGCGAUCUUCAGCUAGAGCCUAAAGAAGAGAUGAGGUUCUGUGUGUCCCCGGGCGAGGGUAGCCUGGUGGGUAACACCAGCCCCGAGCAGCAACACUGCUCGUCCACGACGGUGGCGGCGGUCGACCGCGACCACGACCGCGACCACGACGCGCCGCGCCGCCUGUGUCUGGUGUGUGGCGACGUGGCCUCGGGCUUCCACUACGGCGUGGCCAGCUGCGAGGCGUGCAAGGCCUUCUUUAAGAGAACUAUCCAGGGAAAUAUAGACUACACAUGUCCAGCGUCCAACGAAUGCGAGAUCAACAAGCGACGACGUAAGGCGUGUCAGGCGUGCCGCUUCCGGAAGUGUCUGCGGACCGGCAUGUUGCGGGAGGGGGUGAGGCUGGACCGGGUGCGGGGGGGGCGCCAGAAGUACCGCCGAGCACCCGACCUGCCCGUCACCGCGCAGCAGAGGCCGCAGCUCGAUGACAUCAAGAUUCUAGAAGCCCUGACGUCAUACGAACCGGAGCUACUGAGUUGCGGCGCGAGCCCGGCCGGCGUCACUGACCCCGCAGCCCGUACGCUCACCAUGCUGGCGGAGCUCUACGACCGCGAGCUGGUCGACGUCAUCGGCUGGGCCAAGCAGAUCCCGGGCUUCACCGAACUCACACUUAACGAUCAAGUAAUAUGUGUACACGGCCAGAUGCGGCUCCUGCAGAGCACGUGGGCGGAGAUGCUCAGUCUGAUGCUGGCCUACCGCUCCAUGUCCGCGGGCGGUGCGAGUGCGGCCGCGAACUCCUCGCUGCGGCUGCGGUUCGCGACCGACCUCACGCUGGACGAGCAGCAGGCGAGGGACAUUGGCGCCCACGACCUCUACCUUCAGAUAUCGGUGGUGGUGCGGCGCCUGGAGCGCGCGGCGGCCGUGCGCGAGGAGUGCUUCCUGCUGAAGGCGCUGGUGCUGGCCAACUCCGAGGCCCGCAUCGACGAGGGCAGCGCGCUGCGCCGUCUGCGCGACUCUGUCCUGGCCGCGCUCAACGACGCCGUGUCCGCGCUGCGCAGCGUGUGCAACGCGAAUUCGUCACUGCAGCAGCUGCUGCUGGUGCUGCCCGCGCUGCGCGGGGCCGAUGUGGCCGUGCGGCGGUUCUGGUCGGCCGUGCACCGCGACCGUCGCGCGCCCAUGAACAAGCUGUUCGUGGAGAUGUUGGAGGCCUGCGGCCGGUAGAGUAGAGAGCAGUACAUAAACUACGCACUAACUAAUACACAUACGCCGGUCUCAACAAGCCCACUGACGGCCGUUUUCAAUAACGUUUCUCUAGAUACGGAUAUAUUGCUAUCACCGUUUAUGACAUUAUUAUGACAAGAUCUUAUCUAUCCAUAUUUAUGUUCAAUAUAGUAAUAGUCCGAUGCUAUCUGUCGAUACGUUAUUGAGAUGUAAGUAAGCGUAAAAGGAUAGAUUUGACUACAUCUAGUAAGUUUAACUAAGGAUAGAAAGGUUAUUGAAAACGGCCGUAAGCGGACAUCGCAGUGCUGUUAGUCGCGCGAGUCCUGCGCAUUUAUGUGCGUUAAAUCUAACAUUUGUACGUAGCGUCCUUGCUGCAUUAGCUGAUAUAUAUUCUGUGGUAGAAGUGACUGUGUCCUAAAAAAAUUUACGUGAGCGCCGUGUAACAUCUUUUUUUAUUUCUUUUUUAAUAGUAAAACGAUUCACACGAAUAUGUGUUUCGGUUCUUGUAAUAAUUGAAUAAUAUACUCAACAAUGAUGAGAAUAGGAAAAAUAAUUUAAUUUUUUAUCAUUAGGUACUUAUUUUGAACGUAGGCCCUUUAAAAUUAUUAUGAAAAUUUGUGAUUCCAUGGGAGGUAGAUUUUUUUUACUUGUGUUGUCUGACUGCGAUUUUAAGGCGUAAAGCUCACGAGAUUUAUUUCUUGACACAGAUCAGAUGGUGAAUUUGUGUAAGAGUCGUGUUAUCUGAUGUUGUGACUGUGUAGCACUUUAUGUAACGAUCGAUGGAAAUUGUUUUUCUCUUUGCUACAGAAACUAUGUUGUGUCGUUGUAAAUAAUGGGGACGCGAUUGUUACCUCGUGAAUAUUUCAUUUUGAAUUCAUUUUAUACAUUGCUUAUAUUAUCAAUGAAUUUAGUAAGUGAAAAUAUUUUUUAAUCAAAUGUGAACAUGUUGUGAAUUAUUAAAUAAAGUUGAAAAUAUCAAUCGAAAUUUGUAAUUAAAUAUAAAUAAUAAUAAUAAAAAUUACAGUCAUUUUUACUGAAUAUCGCAUUGAAAUCGAAUCGUUUUUAUAAUCGUGUAUAAUAAUUUAUGUCGUCAUAUAUUACCUGUAUUUAUAUUAAAUGGCCAAUAAUAUAUGAUCGUUGUGAGUGUAUAAUUAAUACGUUUGCAGGCUGCUGUCUGGGUAUAAGGCUGUGAAAUAACGAUCAAUUAAAAAACUAUUUUUAACGUUGCGUUUUUAUUCAGAAGUGGGAUAAAACUAUUUUGACCAGGACGUGUUGAUUCAGAAGUGGGAUGUCGCGUCCCCGAUGAUUAAUGUACAAAAUGGACGUAGUAGUACAAACUUUGUUACUAUUUUUGUAUAAUAUUAAAUUUAUAUGUAGUGUAAGUAUGUGGUGUGGUAUUGAGAUUAUGGCGCUUGUGGAGAGGAUGAAUUAGUUAUUAAUUGUUGUUGGUUCUAAGAUUUAUAUUUAACUUGUCUGUCGCAAUUUUUUUUAGAAGUUGUUGUGAUAUUGAGCGGUAAUUCGUAGGCGACGUGCAAAGUCCACGUGUUAUUAUUUUUUUAAAAGAGUUACAUAGACACCUGUUGUAUUUUUACUUGGUACAUUUGUUGGACCCUUUUCAGUGCAGUUGAAUUGACACCUAGGUUGUGCGUGGUUUUUUACCGCUAAUUCAUGUACACAUGUUUUUUCCAGCUAAUUCUAAGAUCAGAUCAUUUAAUUCAAUUAGUGUGCUGUGAACCUCGUAUGUAAUUUACUAAUCAUCCAAACUAUUCAAAAAAGACAUUAUAAAAGUUAGUACUAGAUAUCGCAAACGUGUCUUUCUGCAUCACAGCAUACACUCGUGGCCUAUGUGUGCCUCGCCUGCCCUGCCCUGCCUAAUCUAUACUGUGCUAAGUCACGUGCGUCUCAGCAAUACCUAUGCUUAGCCUUAAUAAAGUGUGUGUGUACUCAUGUAUGCACGCAAGAAGUUAUACUUCUUUGGCCUAACGAAGCAAAAAUCAUUAAAAUGAUUUAUUCUACGUUUUUAGAAAGAACACUUUUGGGAAAGGAAAAGAUGGCUUUGACAAUUAAUUAUUAAAUAAUGAAUACGGCUGUAUGGGCUUGAACCCUUUGCCUGUCCUAAUAAUGGACGAAGAAACCAAAAAAAAAGAUGAAUGACGCAAACGCAGAAAAUUUUAGGAAGCAACUUCAACCUGUUACUUUUGUGUUACAGUGGUGCUCGCGCAUCUUAAAAUUUAAAUCCCAUCAUUUUCUCAUAACGCGCUUAGGCGUAUAAGAAGUAUAAUUUCAAAACGUUUGAUUUCUAACGACUUGCGCAUUCCGCAACACAGACACUAAUGUCAAGGUAAGUUAACGCGAGUGGUUAAGAAGGUUUUCUUUCCUUGAACAUAAUGUCAUGUCUAUUACCUAUGAAUUACUUAGUCGGGUUCGACUAAAUAUAGUUACUAAUAAUAAUUUAAAGCUUAUGUAUUAGUUAAUCACCAAGUGAUAACUUUAUAAUGGAACCUCUUUUCUAUAAUAUUAUUUUAAUUAAUUAUUGUGUAUUCUCAAGUUUUUGAUAGUUAUAAAAUAGAUCUAUAUAAUUUUCAGUUUUUUGUUCAAAGCAUGUUAGCAAGGAUUAUGUUUUACGCGAUAUCAAAAUGAUUAGUAUACCUGUAUUUUAUAUAUAACUGUACAAAUUAAUUUAUUGAUACUAUGCAUACCAGUUACAGACAUUUUCGUUUCGUAUUUCCAUUCCUAAAUGUAACGUAAAGUAUUAAAGCGAAAUGGUUAUUUUGCAUUCAUUGACGUACAAUAAACAGAUUCUGAAGAUCGCUUACGCGUCUAUUAUGCAGAGUUGUGUUUUCACCGCGCUUUGAACACAACGCCACGCAAUGACAAAGUUUUGAGUGAGAAACUGUCCAAAUAACAGCAUAUCCAAACUUAAAAAGGAUGAAAUGUUAUAUUUCAGCUAUAUUAACAAUGCUAUUUAACUAACUUGACGUUUUUAAUCACGACGAAAUGUGCGAAAGAGACGGACAUACCUUUUCGCUUCAUUGUCAAUUUUCAAGUUUCUUAUAAGCGUAUACAAUAGACUUGAACAAUACUGCCACGUGUUUGCAAUGGUUUUAUGUGAACUGUAUAAGUUAAUGUAUACGUGUAUACAACGCCGCUCGGAUAUUUUUUGUCGACCUUUUAAAAGGCGAUCGGGAGUUUGGUUGUUUAUAUUUCGUCAAUUUUUGUAUUACAAUAGCUUAGUGUUUCUAUACUAUUACUAUAUAUUUUAUUCAUAACAAAGAGUACUAUCCGAUUUGGAUCUAAAAUCAAUUCCAGAGUGCAGAUUGUACUGUCUUAGACGGUGAAUUUCCCGAGUACUCCCUACAAUAAAAUAUUUGGCGGCACUAAAAAUUAUUUUGGUGUUCGUACGUAAGUCCGAUAUGGCACAAAUAUAACGUUACAAUCUUAAACCAUUCCCUGCAUAUGUUAAAGCAACAAGCUACUUAUUUACUGGCACGUAAUAUCAAAUUAUAUACUAAAAUAUUUUUUAUUAUAAUACCACUUGUUGUUGAACGUCAAAAACUACCACAAAAAUUAUUAUUUAUAUCCUGAGCGCUUUGUUGUUCCAUUCUCAAUCUGUGGUAUUAUUGAGAAAGUCAUUUAUGUUACUGCAUUUUUAAAUGAUUCUUUUGAAUUGCGUAACACAUUUAUUUUGUACAUUUUCUGGGAUCAUGUUGUAAAAUCAUCGCCCAACAAAAGACUUCGAGUAAUAGGAAUAACAAGUUUAUGUUUGUUCCUGGUGUUAACAUUAUAAUUAUCACAGUUUCUAUCAAAUUAGCUUAUGUGCUUACGUACAUGAACACUAUGAAGAAUAUAUUGAGAUGCAACUUACAAUUAAAGAGCAGUAUUUUACAAAACUAGUUUUCACUCAAAAAUACCUCAGUUAUUUGUUACCAUAUAAAAGAAAGAGAAAAAGAGUUAUUAGAAGUGGACAAAAAUAUCCUACAAUAUUUAAAACAGCAUAUAUCUACUGUUAGUUACUAAGAUUAGAAAACAUGAGUUAAUUGUGUUGAAAAUAUGUUUCGAAAGGUGUUUUUAGAGUUUCUGCUGCCGUAGAGAGAGAGCAUUUCUCAAUGUUUCAUAUGUACCAUUCUACGGCAGGAGGUUGUCAUCCAUAUUAUUAUUUUUUUAUUUUUAAUUUAGAAGGCGAAGGAAGCGAUUAUCAUUAUUGUUGUUCGAUUUGUAAAUGUAGCGGGGAGGAGGCCGUCGCAACAUAGUUGGGUUGGCGUAUUAUUAUUAUGUUUAUUUCCAGUGAGCUGUAGAAGUGUCCUCUUAGUUAGUCUUAUGUUAAGAAUAUUUUAUAUAUUAUGAAAUAAUUGUCUCGCUGUGAGUGUGAUACAUGUACAAAGCGUGCGAUGUGCCAGAAUUAGUUUUAAAUUUCGUUGUUUACUCUGUGAUCAUGGAACGGAAUUCUAGUAGCAUUGUCUAUGGAAAUGUUGAAAUGCCAAACAGAACAUCAUCGAAAAAUAAAUUGGCUUUACACGUUAAUGUUUGUUUACAUUCGUGAACAUACCUUUAUUUGAGGCUGUAAUGUGUUAUUCCUUUGCUAUGUUGAGGGAAGACAACGAAUAAAGAAAAAAGUUUGUGAUUACAGAUUAAAUAUAAUAUUAUGUAUUUAGUUACGUUAUUUUAAUAAUGAAUGAUAUGAUUUUAUACAUAUUGUAUAAACACAUCGAUUCUGAUGGAGAUGGUCCUGGAGAUAAUUAAUAUGUGAAAUAAAUUAUAUACCAAUA